GAGCACGAAUUUUAGCGCCAAGUGUGUCAGGAGUAAGCCCCACCAGUACCAAAACCCACGCACACCCCAUCCAAGGAGGUCCUGGCAUUGUGUCGUAUGUCUGUCUGUCUGCUCUUUUUGCUUGAGGCGAGGGCUUGCAGGUAAUAUUACCCAGUAUGGUACUGAUUGAUACAGUUAGAACUUAGAACCCUACAUCUCAUUUCAAAAUUUAUCAUCACUCGGUGCAACAAGACCUCAAAGCCACUCUCGUGUGCCAAAGCCGGAACCGAUCGCCCCAAAAGUCAAGCACCGUAGCACCGUACCUAUUCCAGCACCCGCCAGCCACCAGCGUGCGCCUCCCAUAUCUCUCUGGUUGUUCUUUUUCACUUGAUGCGACAGCCCAGACGAGACUAAACCUGCUAGCAACCCACUACUUCACCAUUCCGUAACCCAAGGCACCCACAUACCGCACAGGCUAAUAGUCGCCAGUCCUCCGCCCUUGAACCAAUCCGAUCUUAUUCAACUUUAGCAUUACGUACCAGCCGACUUCCCUCCCCUACCUUACUCUAACUAAACUCAUCCAAGGGUUUCAACCGCUCCACCUACAAUCCAACACCCUCUCUCUCAUCUUUCACCAGCAAUCUUGACUGAUGCUAGGUAACUCUAUACAAGAGUCCACGUCCAAGUUCCCAUUGAUAGACGUCAACGGCAACCGUUUCGACUCAGCAAGCACCACGCAUUCAUACGCAAAAAUGGAGGAUAUCAGAGGGCCGCCAGGCCGCCAUAAGAGCAUUUCAAUGUUGCUCGUAUCUUCUUAUGCCUUCGACUGGGUGGUAUUACUUGUUGUUGCCGGCAUUGGAGGCUGGCUUGGGAUUUUGCCGCCAAACCACCGCCCUUUUCAACUCGAGAAUCACAACAUCUCAUUCCCUUUCACAGAAAAGGAAACUGUGCCUAUGGUUCUGGCGGGAAUACUGAACACGGGCUUACCAAUCGUCAUUGUUACUUUCAUCGCUCUCGUCUUUGUCCCCGGCUCGACUGUACCACCUGGAACCCCCAAGAGCCUGAUUUGGAGGAGGAAGCUGUGGGAGCUUCACACCGGCUUGCUUGGUCUGGCUUUGUCUGUGGUGGGCGCCUGGUUCGUGACCAAUGCCAUGAAGAACAUGUUCGGAAAGCCGCGCCCCGAUUUGAUUUCCCGCUGUCAGCCCGACCUCGAGAACGUAGCCAAGUAUGUCGUUGGAGGCAUUGCCAACACUACUAGCAACGGCCAGCUCGUUAGCUACAAGAUUUGCCAGAACCCGGACACCGCACAGCUUGAGGAUGGCUUCCGAUCCUUCCCAAGCGGACACUCGUCCUCCUCGUCGGCAGGCCUGCUGUAUCUGUCGCUCUUUAUCGCUUCCAAGUUCGCGAUCACCAUCCCGUUCCUCGCGCCCAGCAGCUUCUCGAACGUGAGCUCAUUCAGUGCAUUCCCAUCCCGCAUCCAACGCUCUGGCACCGGCUCAGAGAGCUACGAAAUGGUCGACCGUUCGAAUGGCGGCUCACCCUCCGACGAAAUCUCCCGUCCCAAUGACCCGGCUGCGGCCAGGCGCCUGGCCUCCCAUUCGCGAGCCGUCGCCGCUGUCCGUCUUCAGGCCGCUGCGCCUCCGCUUUACCUGCUCCUGAUUGCGUGCCUUCCGAUGUUUGGUGCCAUCUUUAUCUCCGGAUCUCGGUGGUUCGACUAUCGUCACCACGCCUUCGAUAUAAUCACCGGCUUCCUCAUUGGCGUUAUCACGGCCGUAUUCGCAUUCCGUUACUAUCACCUGCCCAUCAGCCAAGGCGCCGGCUGGGCUUGGGGUCCUCGAAGCCAGGACAAGGCCUACUGGGCCGGUGUUGGAAGCUAUAGCUACGCGACCAGCAAGAACGAUUGGGCGCGUGCUGGCGAAGAGGAUGAGGCCAGCGUGGAGGCUACGGCCCAGGCGACCGACUACGAGAGUGUGAGGCGCCAGCACAUUGGUGUCGCUUCGAGUGCAAGCAACGGCCCCGUCAAAAGAGCCUACGACAACGCGAGUAUACAUUCGGCUAGACCUCCACCGCCCAACGCGAAUCAGUUCGAUUUUACCAACAGGGUCUAGUUGAACCCUCAAGUCUGGGUUAUCGACUGAGAUGGUACCCAAUCAAAUUAAAGAUCCCCAAACUUCGGAUCAGUUUUUAGUAAAAGAAAAAAACUAUCAGCAAACUUUUUAUGAAAGGUCUUGUUAUUUGUAUUAUGAAAAGCCUUUUUUUUCAUAUUGAUUUUAUGAAACGCAGGGCCGAGCUUGUCUAAUACCCAUCUUAACGAACCUUGGGGGGUUUACAAACUUGUUGCUAGAGCUCUCCUGUGCGCUCAUUCUCUGUAUGUUCAGUCAUAUAGAUUCCCUGUUGUAAGAGAUUUGGACGAUGGAGUUUACAGUCAUAUGUUUUUGUAUUUCAUACUGGCGUUUAAUAGGUUCAGUUUCUCAUCUCCGGCACCAUGAUAUUGGGGUUCUUUCUGAUCUGGCGAUGUGAUUUUCUCCUUUUUGUACAACUACUACUUCGCUUGCAUCAUUACUAGACUAGACAUGUCAUACCGGAAAAAAAACCGAUUUGUGUCGGAUAGAAAUGUCGAAUAAAAUUGUUGGCC